AUGCUCUAUCAAUUAUUAGUUGGUGUGUUUUUGGUGGUGAAGGUGAUUUCGAUUUCGGUCUCGGUUCCACGUCAAAAUUUUUUGCAAUUGCGAGACCUGAAUGAUGUUCCAACCAAAUACGAUGUCGUUAAAGGGCUCUUUGUGCAAACCGAUGAUGAUACAGAUGCUCUGAAGUUCGAUAUUAACAAGGACAAUUUUGGAUUAAAAAAAGAUACGUCUUGGGAUGACGUCUUGGGUAAAUUGAAGGAUUUGAAUGAUAAUGAUAAUGGUGAGAUUUAUAAGUUAUUCUUUUUAGCUAGACACGGUGAAGGUUACCAUAAUAUUGCUGGUGAUGGAUACCCUGAAAAGAACUGGACUUGCUAUUGGUCAAUUCAGGAUGGAAAUGGAACUAUGGAAUGGUAUGAUGCGUUGCUAACAGAUAAUGGGCAUGAUCAGAUCAGUACCCUUUCCGAUAGUUGGAAGAACCAACUUUACACAAAUAAUGCACCAUUACCGCAAUCCUACUAUGUAUCUCCGAUGAGAAGAUGCUUGCAAACUUAUAAUUAUACCUGGUCGUCAAUUUUGAAUGAUACAAAGGUGCCACUUAUUAAGGAGUUUGCCAGAGAGACAUACGGGAUCGACUCGCAGAGUAGACGUCAUAAUAAAACUUACAUUGAGGAAUUCGUUCCUACUUAUAAGUUUGAAGAUGGAUUUACGGAGGAGGAUGAGCUUUGGGAAAAGGAUAAAAAUGAGUCCAGUGAACAUAGAGAAUACAGGGCAACUGUUUUAUUCAAUGAUAUAUUCUCAAGUGAUACCAGUGAUGUUAUUUCUAUUACAUCUCAUUCGGGUACCGUAUCUUCGAUGUUGAAAGUUUUAAACCAUAGAAAAUUUUCUUUGAAAACAGGCCAGAUGAUUCCUGUGCUUGUUAAGGCAAGCGACUUCGGUAAAUAUACUCCCCCAGACUUAAGUGAUAAGGAUUGGGCAACAUUGCCAAAGGAAUGUGAUUCGUUCUCCGAGUUUUGA